AAAAAAAAAAAAAAAAACAUUUAUGAGCUGGGAGGGCACAUGCAGCGAGGACCCCGGGAGAGGCUGCAGAAGGCUGUGCCUUGCCAUCUCUACUAACUUCCUAAACACCCCACAGGACGGAUGGGUGGUCCUCGUUUGAGCUGGUUGAUGAAAGAUUGUCCUAGAACCUUUAGGGUAAUCCCGGGAGCAAAUGCAUCUUCCUGAAAGGCUGUCUGUUUUUGUUCCUCCAGCUCGGGCGGCGAACAGGCAGAGCCCUCUGCAUGAGGCCCUCGGCUUGCUUCCGCUGGGCCGCAGCCCUGGCCAGAAUAUGGCCAGCGCCGGGGGGCCCCGGGCCUCGGGAGAAGCAGGCGCUGCUCGCGCCGACAGCAGUGGUCACUGCGGUGCAGGUGGCAGGCAAGAAGGACCGCCCCGCUCUGCCUCCCCUGGAGGAGAGGGACCUUGAGGAGCAGUUCGUGAAAGGGCAUGGUCCGGGGGGCCAGGCCACCAACAAAACCAGCAACUGUGUGGUGCUGAGGCACAUCCCCUCCGGCAUCGUCAUCAAGUGCCAUCAGACAAGAUCGGUCGAUCAGAACAGAAAACUCGCUCGGAAAAUCCUCCAAGAGAAACUGGAUAUUUUCUACAAUGGUGAAAACAGUCUUGUUUACAAGGAAAAACAGGAGGCAGAGAGGAAAAAGCAAGAGAGGAAAAAAAGAGCAAAGGAAACCCUAGAGAAAAAGAAGCUGCUGAAAGAACUCUGGGAAGCAAGUAAAAAUGUCCGCUGAGAAAGAACCGAAGAUGCUUUUCUGUUGUUUGUUUUUUUUUUUUUAAGAUUUUAUUUAUUUGACA